GCAAACUCUUCAUGUAGGAACAGCACGAUGGAUUCCCAGAGAGUGAUGGAUUAUCUGACUGAGGUAGAAGUCGCUGCUGAAGAUGUGCUCGCUGACAAACAGCAGAUUGUAGACCUGGACGCAAGAAGAAACAGAAACCGAGAGGCGAUGAAUGCUCUGAGGAACAACGGUUCUGAUAACGGUAACUACAAAGUCAAGGUUUGCUUUGGGAACAUGUUCAUUAAAUUCCCCAAGGAGAGCACCAAAUCCAUGAUUCAGAAAGAUCAAGAGCAGCUCGAGCAGGAGAUAAACGACCUCCGGAAAGGUCUCAAAGCAAAAGUAAACCGGCUCAAUGACCUUCAAGGGAAGCCUGAACUCCAGGGAUACAACCUGUCUCCGCUGACCGGCGAUGAACUCAAGGCUAUGAAUAGCAUCCUGAAGCGAUAACAUCAGCUUCGAGUUAGAGUUAAAACGUGAGGAAGAAGAGUGAUGAGGGGUGGUUAGAAUCGCAUGAACGUGACGACAACGAUUAGUGAAAAUACUCGACUGCACACUCAUACACACUGCAGGGAUGCUCUGAGCGUAUAUGCAAACUAUUGUUGCACAGCGUUGAUAGCGUUGAGUGUGGAAGAUUGCACGCCCUCACUGGGAAACGAUGACCUCAACAAGACAUUGAUAUUUACAGAUGUUCCUGAGGUCAAAAAAGAGGGAAACAUCCAGUGUGAUAUUUCUGACUGAGUUAAAAAUGUGCCUGCUGUUUGUUUUGGAUGUUCUUGCAAAUCCCUUUGAUAUAUUUUUUUCCCCAAAGUUAUUUUUCUUCCAGUCUUUGGCUGUGUCUUUCAACAGUGUUUCUCUUGUUAUCUGUUAUCACCUUCUCCAGCGCUAGGAAAGGUCAAACUGCUUGAGUUUUAGGACUUGUAUGGAAUAUGCUCCACAUAAUCGCAGACAGUAAUAAUAGUAAAAAUGUGUACUUGUCAAUAUGGUGAAGAGUUUUUAAAAAAUUAUUUAUGAGCAGACGUUAUAUUUCUAAAAGGAGUUCACAGUGUCCGCGCUUUGUAACACUUCCUCUAUGGGAAAGUCUUCAGGCCGGAUGACUUUGCAGUUUUUUAGUCACAUGACAAGCUGCUUUUUUCGUGUGUGUCUUAUUAACAUCAAGACUGAGAAGUUGCUGAAGAAACGUCAGUUUAUAGUUGCUAUAAUGUAUGUAAUAACAACAGUUAUCUUGUCUCAUGGAUGUUCCACAAUGUUAUACAGUAUGUAACAAACUGCUACAAAGUUCAUUAAAAGAAAAAUAAUAAUAAUUUUAUCCUUGAAAAAGAUCGCUAUGAUUAUAAGAGGAAUAAAAUGCUUCAGGGUUUGCUGUUAUAGGAAAAUGAUCAACUUUAAGGUGGUAAUAGUAACUCCACUUCAUCACGCCAUGCCGUUGGUGAUUUAGUUUCCUAUAACAACACGACAUGGAGUGUUUUAUUCCUUAAUUAGCACAGUGUUUGAGUUGUUAGAUACAGCAUUAUGUUUUGUAGAUUUAAAAGUAAACAAAAUAGUGGUAAAUUAUUUCAAUUACUCAACCAGAAACGAAAGAGGGGGCACAAACUUUUACACUUUGCUAUGUAUUUGCAGUGAUUUUCUGAUGUAAAUGUGUCAAGUCAAACUCGAUGUGGUGAUAUUAAUGUAGAGGCAGUUCUACAGCUAUACAGAAUCUUGAUUUACUUUGGACAGGAGUGUUAAUUGGGAAUGAAUAAAGGAUGAAUUAUGUAAA